AUGAGUCGAGAGUCACCAAAUGACAAUGCACCCCCUUUCUCAGGCCUUUCAUUCAAUGACCACGCAGGGCAGCUGUGGAUUGUGACAAUUCUUUCGCUGAUCUACAGCUUGCUUAGUGCCAUGGCGAGAGUCUAUAUCAAGCACCAGAUGUUCGGCUUUGACGACCUUUUGCUUGGUUUAGCAACAGUACGAAUGCCAACUUGCCUCGGACAAUCUACACUCGCAGCAAUUGUUCUCUGUCUUUUGACUCUCAGCAUGGCUAAAUGCUCUGUCCUCGCCCUUAUCCUGCGCAUUAUAGACUCGAAGUCUGGAAAAACUAGACCAUUUUGCAUCAGCGUCAUGGUUCUCAGCGCAGCAUGGGGUGCAGGCUCUUGCCUAGCAAUGUUACUCAACUGCCAAUCUGCUUCAUUAUUAACCAUUGAUAAUAUCAAGAAAUGCCCCAGCCAGGUUACGCGAUGGAUUGUAAUUACCGCUAUUGAUAUUUUCACCGAGAUUCUCACCUGGCUCCUCGUUGUGCAAUUAUCCUGGGUUGUACACAUGUCACUCAACUACAAGCUUCAAGUUGCCAUAGCCUUCUCUUUCCGCUUACCGCUUAUCGCCCUCUCAGCCAUUCAUCUGGCGUUCUUUACAAGAUACCCAGCCUCAACCGAGCCUCAAUUUGCAGUCAUCAGCAGCCUGCUCUUUCAACAGACCAUGAUUGCUUGGUCUCUCAUUGCUGCUACUGUGCCAAAUAUGAAGAGCUUCUUGAAGUCCUUUUCUAUGGGAUUAGGAAUCGCAUGGGCCUUCGCGCCCAGCGAGUACGAAUCCAGCAAUGCGUACCCGCUUCAAACAUUCCUCAGCAGUCGAUCGAAACAUACUCCAUUCGGAGCUGAAGGAACAUCCACUUCUGUCCGGGUCUACGACAAGCAUGACGGAGAGUCCCGUGGUCGACCUCACAACUGGAGGCCGGAUCGGACAACGAAUCAAGCCACCAGAAAGGACCAUGUUCACAGCGAGAGUGUCUGCGAAGGGGUGUCAGACGAAGAGGAAAUCUCAAAAUCUGAUAGCCAAGAGUUAAUUAUCGUAAAGGAGGUGGCUUAG